CGUACGAAAAUGAUGACUGCGACACGCGCUAAAAUAAGUAUCUCGUCAUUUACGUCGCAUUGUUUACUGGCGUUUGUUCUACGAUUAGUUUUGAUACUGUACGCCAACUUUCACGACGAGUACUUCGCAGUGCCGUACACAGAUGUGGACUAUAAAGUAUUUACUGACGCCGCUAGGCACGUGGUAGAACGGAGAUCACCGUUCGACCGUCAUACUUACCGCUAUUCGCCUUUUCUGGCUUGGCUCUUGACACCAAAUAUCAUAUUGCACAAGGACUUCGGAAAGAUUUUAUUUUCCACGGUAGAUAUACUGAUUGCGGUUCUAAUUAGAAAUAUUCUCGCGCGACAGAGAUGUAAUAAUAUCGUAAGAGAUAACUGCGCGCUCCUAUGGCUCUAUAAUCCGUUAACAUUGGUGAUCUCGACGAGAGGUAACGCAGAUUCAUUGGCAGUACUUUUAGUUGCACUCACAUUGGAUUUUUUACAGAGAGACAAAAUUGUAUCGGCCGGAUUGCUACAUGGGAUAUCUGUACAUUUCAGAUUGUAUCCAUUAAUGUUCAGUUUGCCCAUGUUUUUGUCUCUGUGUAAAGAUAAUCGUUUCCUACCGAACAGGGACCAAUGGAAGCUCGUGCUGAGUUGCGCGUUCUCGAUUGUUAUAUUAACAGGCACGGGUUAUUGCCUGUAUGGCUUUAAAUUCUUGUACGAGAGUUUUAUAUAUCAUUUAGUGCGUAAAGACACCAGGCACAAUUUUUCCGUAUAUUUCUACAUGCUCUAUUUAUCCGCUAAUCAACCACAGGAUGUGAUUCAGAAGGUCCUUACGUUUCUGCCUCAGUUAUUACUAUUGUUGAUGUCGUCAUAUUACUAUUCAGAAAAAUCCAAGUUGCCAUUCGCUAUGUUCGUCCAGGCGAUAAUCGCGGUGAUGUAUAAUCCGGUGAUAACUUCCCAGUAUUUCUUCUGGUUUCUGUCGUUGUUACCUCUGUGUCUGCCAAAUAUCGAAAUGAGCCUGCGUAGGGGCACGUGUUUGGCGUGUUUUUGGAUUUUAAGUCAAGUUAUUUGGUUGUUAGUCGCUUACAUGCUAGAAUUCCAAAGUUUUAAUUCGUUCGUUUUUCUUUGGAUAUCUGGUCUUCUAUUUUUUGCUGCUAAUGUAAAAGUUUUAGUAGAUAUUAUUCAUCAUUAUAAAAGUUAAUUAUAAUUGACAUUUAUCUUAAUUAUAAAAGUUGAUUAUACUAUAAUAUUUAUCUCAAUGGGAUAUUCUGUACAUUAUUCUGUACAUAUAUCAUAAAAAAUAAAUAAUUAAAAAAUAUAACAGAGAUCAAUGGAAUAUCUUCUUAUAUACGUUUUUAAGUGAUCAUAAUGUGCGAUAAUAUGGCGUAAAAGAAUUGCACAAUCAAUUAUAACUUGAAAACAAAUUACACAGAAUUGUAUUAAUUUUAUGUACGUACAGGAUGUCAAAAUUGCAGUCACAAAUCUUGUAAUAAAUUCUUUGCAUAAACUGAAGUCGAUUUUUGUUGAGCUAAAUAAUUGUCACUUAUUUUUAUAUCUCUUUAAUUUUUAUUAAAUAAACACGAUGUAAACAGAUUAUCUAUUUAUAAGAGUUCUUUUUUUUUGAACUUUCAAUAAGUAACAACAAGAAAUUUAGAGUUGUAAUUUUCUGACAUCCUGUACUAUUAAUUCUUGGAAAAUACCUAGGGCAGCAGAUGGUAGAUUGUUCAAAAAACUUGAAUUUAUUUAAGUUUUAAUAAAAAAGCACAUAUUA